AUGGUCUCUUCAAUAGGAGAGAAAACCAUGAGUGUUCAUUACCGGAACGUUGAUCCCAUUGAUCACGGAGAAUCGAACGGCGAUGGCCAAGAAGCGGAGUCGCCAUGGCAGAGGAUAUCCCUAGGCGAGCUGAGGGGGAGUGAUUUGAACAGAGAUGAGCAGGAAGCGGAAUUCCCACCGGAGCCAUUGGAGCUUGUGGAGCCACCAUGCCUAGAUUCGAGGAGGCACAGGGACAGAGAUUCUCGCCGCCGUUCACUAGAUAGCAUCACCGAAGCUACCGACAACCAACUCCUGAAGAGAAUUGUCCGAGUAAUCGAAUACUCGGGAUCGAAUACGACCACUAUCUUAGGACUACUGGAAAAGCUCUCCGACUCCACUCGCUCCGCAAUAGACACCUCAUCCCCUCGAUCUCCGCACACGAGUACUGAUCCCCGCCCCUGGACUCGGGGACUACACAUCUGA